AUGUCACAUCCCUACUGGCGGCCAAUUAUGAAUAGCAAUUAUUCACGGACACUCACAUUUUUAAUAGUUCCUAACAUUUCGUCAUUCAUACCCGAGCAGCUGAUAAAUCGAUCAAAAAUCAAAAUACCAAGGAACACUAAACUAGUCGACCCAACUUUCCAUCGACCUGCGCCAAUGGAGAUGUUUCUAGGUGUCGGGGCAGCGAUCUCCGUAUUCUGCAUCGGACAGAUUAACCUGUCUCCUCCCAACGGUCCAGACCUCUAUUAUUUUUUCGGAUGGGUCAUCGCGGGGAGUGUACCGAUCAUCAGUGCGACUCACGCAACCAUGUGCCACUCCAUAACCCCUCUACAAACCGACUUUAUUCGCUUCUGGGAAAUCGAGGAAGAGCCGCAGAUACAAAGACUAUCGAAAUCCGACGCGACGUGUCACCGACCAUCACACCCAUACGACACGCAAUUUCGAAGGAAGGCACGUCGUCGUGCUGCCGUUCAAGAACAAGAAACAGCAGCUCGGCAAAUCUAG